GCAAAUGACACCCCCGCGCUUAUCCAAUCCCCUCUCAACCCCGCCCAUAAUUAAUUUUCACGUGCUCACAAUGCGUCCUCUAAUGCUCCAUGGACACGAGAGGGCCAUAACACAAAUACGGUACAAUUACGACGGAGACCUGCUCUUUUCUGUAGCCAAAGACCACAAGCCGACAGUUUGGUACUCAGACAAUGGAGAAAGGCUUGGCACAUACAAUGGCCACAACGGUGCAGUCUGGUGCAUUGACGUCAACCUUGACUCCACCCUAGUGCUGACUGGCGCUGCCGACGACACGGCUAAACUAUGGGAUUGCGAAAAGGGCGUGGCCAUACAGACCUGGAAUACAAGUAGUGCCAUUCGUUCGUGUGGUUUCUCACAUCUUGGAAACCUCCUUAUGUUCAGUACCGAGGACAGGAAAGACGUAGACUGUGAGAUAUUUGUAUACGACACUCGUUCAAACGAGGGGGCGGUGUCUAGGAUAAAAGUGGAAGGAGAGAGAGUCAGUAGUGGCCUUUGGGGUCCUUUUGACGAAUUUAUAAUAACUGGACAUGCUGAUGGUAAAGUUCGUCACUAUGACUAUAGAAACAAUAAGUGUAUUAAGCAACAACACAUGCAUAGAGGAACUGUUACUGAUCUUCAGUUAAGCCAAGACAAGACAAUGAUCAUAACAUCGUCCAAAGACUGCAAUGCUAUGUUAUAUGAUGUCGAUGAACUGAGUCUUAUUAAGACAUUCAGAACUGAUAGACCAGUCAAUUCUGCUGCAAUCUCUCCAAUCAAGGAUCAUGUUGUUUUAGGAGGUGGUCAGGAGGCAAUGGAAGUCACUACGACGACAACAAAAUCUGGAAAAUUUGAAGCAAAGUUCUUUCAUUUGAUUCAUGCUGAGGAGAUAGGCCGAGUCAAAGGUCACUUUGGUCCUAUAAACUCGCUCAAGUUUCAUCCAAAUGGGAAGAGUUACAGCAGUGGUGGGGAGGAUGGCUAUGUCCGCGUGCACAAUUUUGAUCCCUCUUACUUUGAAUUUGAAAUCGAAUUUUAAAAGACACAAUAAUAUUCACUAUUAUAAUUAUUAUUAUAAAAGAAAGAUCAUGAAUGAUUAAUAAUUAUUUAAUAGCAGAACUUGUAAUAAAAGAUACCAUUUCAUCUCUCACUUUAA